UGUGCACAGGGGCGAUGCGCUGUGGAAAGGCUGAAAAUGAAAUUGAUUUAGUGCUCAGGUCGGGUGGCACUCCUCUCCCUAUCGUCUGCGACUGCGUCAGAAUUUGCACGCACUCCGGACACACCUCCCCGGCCUUGGCCACGGUUUCAGUUACGCUGCCGACUCUAGCUUUUCAUUCUUGUGACAACUCUGGCCCGUUGAUGUCGUCAGGGCGUCCUUAACCUUGGAGCCACUGAGAAAGUGCGGCGGGAGUACUGAACGGGUUGCAAGAGUGGCGUGUAGGCAGCAGUGGCGGUCAUUUCUCCACGAGCAGACAGCAGCAGACACUACCUGCCUGCUGCGAUACUACUCGUAUAUCACCCCCACACUCUGCCUUCCUGCCGCCCUCUAACGCUGCUCAUCCUUGCUGCUUCAGCCUGUCAAACUCAAUGGACCUCCUCUGAUUACAACACAACCCAGAAUGCUCGUCGUGGCGGCUGCUCCCCUCAUCUCCUCAGCUUAUUACGUGACACCAGAGCCAUUGGAACAUUAGCAAGACAGAAAUGUAGGCUAUGUGAGCCCUAGAGCGCCACUGUGAACUCCACCAACCAACUCGAGAUAAUUUAGCCAAUUACUCUAAGUGCGAGGAAUCGGACGGGUGUCUUACUACGCGCGUUGGCUCCCCCUGCUCCCCCAGCGCCCCUCCCCCGUGCGUACUCUACACACAGCCGCCGCCGCCGCUACACAGAGCCAGGCUUCUUGUCUGUGCUACUGCUCUCCCCCGCCCACCUACACGGCCCAUGGAACUCCGAAUAUCACCCCGCCGUGUACAUGAGCGGAAUGUGAUGGUGUAACUGGCAACCACACGGAUCUGGAGGUGUAGAGUGCUAGUGUUGGUGGUGCUUGUGUCAACUGAAGUGGCACUCAUACGCACCAGCGCUCCUCCGCGGCCUGGGGAAUGGCAUCGGACGUGACACAGGCGAGAAUAUUAACUCAGUGCCAGAAAGUGUGGAGGCUAGGGUUACUGAGGUGGUGUGUAGCGUCCUCACGUAGCCACACAUGCACCCCAGCCGACGCCAGUGAUUUCUGCUGCCGAGGGAGUGAGUGUGAGGGCGGGCCAGCCGGGUGUGUGGAGGGAGAAACAGGGGAGCGUCCGACGGCCCCUCUCUCAGCCUUGGCAGCGAAACCUUGCAACAACCAGCUAGGCGUGCACUAAUAAAUAAACUCAUCCUUUGCCUUGUCCGUGUGACUCUCGCCCUUAGCACCAUGAGCCAUACAGGUCACACUUGCAUUCACUGGACCACAAACUUAACCAGUCUCUGUCCAAGUCUUGAUGAGGAGGUAACAUGUAGCCGACUACAGGAUCUUCCUGACUUGUGGGUGCGGUGCAGAGCAGCAGAGGUCAAGAUGGAGGUUCCCGACAGCCAGCUGGCCCAGAUAUCCCCCCCUUUACCUCCACCAACUAUAGCAGCAGAGGCACCCCACCAGUCAUCAUCCCCAUCCCAGAUCUCUCCAACAUCCCCACUUCAGUCACUUCCUCACACUCCAUUACGCCAUUCUCCCCUGCCCCACACUCCAAUAACUCCACACACUCCCCUACCUCACACUCCUAUCACCCCGCACAGCCCCCUCACACCCCUCACCUCACAGAGCACCUUAGCAUCAGAAGCCUCUGUUGACUCUGGUGUAGCAUCAGCGCACUCACUGGACAUGUUGCACAACAGUUGCAACAGCUUUGAGACACAUGCACUGCGCCGGAGGGCUGGAAGCAGUGUAAGCAGUGGGACCAGUGAGGGGUGGCUUGGUUCCCUUGAUGGUGAUCCAGCUGGUCUGGAAGUCCUCCCAGAGCUGUGGCCUCACUCUGAGAGUCCCACAGCCCAGGGACACAGCCUUCCACCCUCCCACAACAGUCCUGCAUCCCCAGAACACAGUCCCACAGCCAACCACCUCAGCCCCACACAGUCUUGUCAUAGUCCAGUAACUAUGCACCAUAGUCCCACCACCACUACAACAACAACUACCACCACCACCACCACCGCCACCAGUCAGAACCAUCUUCCUCCAUCGUCAGAAACAGAUAACAGUAAGGCCGUCGUGCCCGGUGACUGUCAGGACUCCGAGAGGCACUCCUCAUCCCCAAGAGACAACCCCAAGGAAGCUUUUUCAUCUGUGAUACCAAUUCACCCUAGUGCCCUAAGUCCUCACACAAGUCCACUGAGGCCAGGAGUGGUGCAGACAGGAAAGAAGAGGCAAAAUUUUCUGAUAACAGUGAACUCUGCUCCUGUUACGGAGUCACAGUGCAGACAGGUUUUUACUGAGUUUGGUUGCUCAGGUGAUGAGGCAGUUUAUGAAAACAAAUUUUAUUAUGGCAAAGAUCAUUUGUUUAUACAAGAAAAUUGUGGUUUAAAUGGUGUACUGAAGAAAACAAAGGAAGCCCACCAUCCAGCUAGUGUUAGUGAAGCUGAGCAGAUGGCCAGGGAAUGCAUUUGGAUUGACAAAUUUGCAUCGUUAUUUGUGAAGCAUAUUAUAGAAGAAGCCCUGUCUGUCAGUUCGUACCGAGGGUGGUCCAUUAAAUGCUCAGGCCAGUGUCAGCGUGAGCAGUGUCGUCAGGAAUACCAGAAGAAGGAACAUACCCUAUGGAGUGUUGCAGGAGGCAAGGGGAAUCGUAAAUCCAGCAUCCCGCUUUUAGGUUUGUCCUGUGGGAGUCCUGGUUUGUGUUGGACUCCAGAGUUACCCUACAGUCCCUCACAUCGACCACAUUCACGGUCCUCUCUGGGUUCAAGCCUCUCCUUUUCCCAUGACUCACUGGUAAGCUCUGGCCCUCGCAUGGAUGACUCUCACCUUAUCACUGGCGCUGUGUCACAUGAUGCCUUGCUCUUUCCUACUUCUAAAGCCUCCCACAGUGAUGUUAGUGACAUUUAUAAUGUGCCACUGGAUGGAGAUAUCUAUGCAGUGCCAGUAGAUGUAGUGAAACCUAAAGAGGGCCAAAUCAUACAUCCAAAGGCCAUUAUGCAUCAUCCAAAAAAGAGACAUCACAGAAAACAUGCCAAGAACAGUACUACCGUUAGUGCCACCUUACUACAUGAUAACAAUUCUAAAAAGGUGAGCAGCUUUGAUCCUGUGUGCAGUACCCGUACACUGAAAGACAGUAGUGUCAGUAGAAGCAGACAGCACUCUGGCCAAUCUGUUAACUCAGUUAGUGGUGACUUACUGAAGGCCAGCAAACGACAUAGUGUACCCAGUAACAUUGGCUGUGCUCUCAGCAUGACUCCCAAACAUAGUUCUAGCAAAGAAAAUCAUGAACCAAUACACAUGACUUUAGAGGAAGUAAGAAAGUCUUUCCAUGAAUCUGAUGAUACCAUAAACUGCAACAAGGGUAAUAGGGUGCAACAGAGUAAUAAGGGUAUUAAUGAGCAGUCAAAAAUAUGCAGAAUUAUUCCCUUCACAGCAAUGAAGUCAUGCAAGAGAAAAGAUAGUUCCGAAAACAGACUUGAUGAUAACCGAAAGAAGGGCAGAAGUAUAUCAAGUAAUAUCCGUAACACACUCAUAACAAUAUUUGGUCUCAAGAAAGGAACAAAAUCCAGUGGUACAAGAUUAAAAAGUGGGAACUGUGUGGAUGCUGCUUCUCAGGGAUUUUCAGAAGUCGCAGGCAAUGGAACUGCAACCCUUGUCUGCUCCCCCACCUCAGGUCCGCAACACAACCAUACCACAAACCCAGCUUCAACUACAGUCACCAGAAACCACCAGAACAGCCAGCAGAACCACCACAACAACCACCGCCACUCAAAUGGCAUUAAUACAGGCCUGUUAUCAUGCCUAGGCAACCUCAGGGCAGAGACUGAUGAACAGCCUGUCACCACACCCAACAUCCCAACGCAAACUGUGGCUCCGUCUCGCUCACCAGCCAUAGUGACUAACAGGGCACUGCCUCCUCUACCUCUGCCCACUUCGGGAGAAAAUGAACCCUCCCCCAAGACUCCAGAACCUGAAAUUGGAGGAGAACGAAGAGAAGAAGAAGGCUGUGAUUUUGCUUCUAUUAUAGAGAAAGUUAAAGAUUGUGGAUGGUACUGGGGGCCCAUAAGUGGGGAGGCAGCAGAGAAGGUAUUAGCCAAUGAACCAGAUGGAUCCUUCAUAGUGAGAGAUUCUUCUGACCACCACUACAUCUUCUCCCUCACCUUCAAACUCAAUGGCUUCAUCAGGCAUGUCAGAAUUGAGCAUGACCAAGGCAACUUCAGCUUUGGAGGAUUCACAAAGUUCAAGAGCCAGACCAUUGUGGAAUUCAUAGAAAAUGCUGUUGAACAUUCGCGCAGCGGACGGUAUCUGUUCUUCCUUCACCGGAGGCCAGUUCUGGGUCCUAUGAGGGUGCAGCUUCUCCACCCUGUCUCCAGAUUUAAGCACAUUCAAAGUCUCCAACAUCUUUGUCGGUUUGUGAUAGUAAAGCAUGUUCGUCGGGACCUAAUCAGUGAGCUCCCCUUACCUCAGCGGCUGAAAGACUACCUUUGCUCUCCCCACUACUAUUCAGAGAGAGUUGAACAGUGCAUGGCAGCAGCAGCUGCUGCUGCAUCUGAUAAUGAGGACAGUGCUUCUUCUGGAGCUACUGAUGAAGGAAAUGGUGUUCCCAGUCAGGUGCUUCAUCCUUCACUAGGAGAAUUAGAUGACAACCUUCCUGUUCUGCCUGGUCUCAUGCCAAGUUUUCCCGGCGUACCUCAGCCUGUGAUGGACCGUGCCUCCCAGACCUCCCAGGCCACCUCCCCCAAUCCCCCACUGUCCAGCCAGGACCAGCCACUUGACAAUAUUCACACCUGUAGUCUUCAGGAAACUGACUCGACCCACACUGUAAGCAGCACACUCCAAGACGCAGACCACCUCACCAGCAGCACAGCACAAUCUUUUUCCGAACCCAACCACCAUGCAGUGAUUCCCUCAGUCAGAGUUGAUGAAAAUUCUAGAACAGCUACAACCACUUACUCCCCAACCUGUUGCUCACCUGCACAUGUGGAGCCUGAGACUUACCCUGCAUGCUCACAGGUGACCCAAACCAGCCAGGCUCAUACUGCCAGUGCCUCACCUGCCCCACAGGGUAACCUUGCCUUUGCCCACCAACACACGACCAGUGCCAGUGGGCACCUCUCACUCAACUCCUCAACGAGUGAUGUGCAGGACAAUACAAGUUCACUUAAUGAUAGAACACUAACAUUAAGUGAGAGUAGUCCCAGUGAUGCAGAUAGGAUUAUUGCCAAUGCAACAGUCUCUAGAGAAUAUUUUAGGAUCAAUCCAUGCAGAGGUUUGGAUGAUCAUGUAUUUGAAGACUUGGGAGGUGUAUGAAAUCAAUUAGUCUGCUGAAUAGUAUCUAAUAACUAAUUUUGAAGUGCUGUGAAUCUAAUUUAAGGUUAGCUACUUAGGCUGCCAUGUUCCUCUGUCAAUUAAUAUUUGUUUCCAAUUUUGAUGGAACUUAAUUUAGAAUUUAUUUACAAAUUUAUUUAUUUAUUGGCAAGUAGAGUAUUUAUAACUAAUGUUUUAUUUUGUCAAAGCAACCAAAGACAUCAGAAUUUUAUUAGCAAAAAUCUUUUACCCAAAUAGAAGGUGCAAGACAGACAGUUUUGCAGAUCUCUUAAAUACCCUAUAUAUAUUUUUCCUUAGUUUUAAACGUACCUCUUGUACAUUUUCUCUUUAUUGAUAUAAUUUAUGCAUAGUGCCAUGCAGAAUGAGAAUCAGACCAAUAAAGUUUCACUGCAUAUUGUUUUUGACAGUAAUACAAAAUCAUGUGUUUCUACUUUGUUGAGUCUUGUUAUUUCUAACUACAUGAAACAAGACACUUACAGAGAAUGUUGCUGUGGAACAUUGUAGCCUAUUAUGACUGCUCAGUUCCUUUCAAUCAUCAUAACACAAUUAAUUACAGUAAGAUGUUGCUUGCAUUUUGUAACUUGUUAUUAUUUAUAUAUUUUGGCCAGUUGCAUUAGAAUUGUGAUUGUGGUUUUUGAGAUGUUUGCCUCAUUUCCCUGAAGGAAGUGUUUAUAAAAGUGUUUUUGGCCUCAGUUUAGACAUGUAGUGAGCUAUGUUAUCUCAUGGCAUCUAUGCAAGCAGAAGUUUGCCAGUACACUCACUUUUCAGUGUCAAUGGUUCUGGUUGGAAUCUAGACCACUUAGGAAAUGGGAGUUUUUGUUGCAAUUUUCACUAAAAAUUAUUGAUGCCUGUCAACUUCUUGCUCACAGUUUGCUGCACUUUAGAACCCUAUUCCUUAAAACAGGAUUCAUUUACUAGUCACAGCACAAGACACACAACUUAACCACUAGAGAGCAAAUGCCAGGAUUAGCUUAAUAGGUUUCAGCCACGACAGACCAAACCAUAUAUGCUGCAAAAGCUCAUCGACUUGAUUAGUACAGAACACCCACCUGUAAACUGAUCUCUUUCUUCCAGCUUUCAUUGCACAGCAAGGGAGACAUAAAUUACAUUAACUUUAUUCUUAACACUUAUUUGUAUAGAAGCCACACAAAAAUUGUCACGCAGAAUAAUGUACACGUUAAGUUUAUUGGGACAUGGACAAUUAAUUGUACAGUACUAGUAACCCGAACUGAUGUUAGAGAUUGGCGGGAUGCUCAAGUCUCUGCCCUUACCUUGCAGGUUUUAACAUUCUUGGUCUAACAUCCAUUUGGGAAAAUAAUUUGCUCAGGAUUCCCAGUGAUUCAUCCUUACCUGUUAUCUGUCUGGAGAGCAAUUCUGAAACACUUGAUUUCCCACAUCAAAAAAAUUAUAAAUAAGAAUAAAGUCAUGGAGCCUUUGAACUGGAUUCUUUGCCUGUCCAGUGCCAGUAUAUACUAGGCAGAUGCAUCAGAUGUGUGUGAGGAACAAGUUUGGAGUUUGAAUAUCACUCAGCCCAGUUCAGUGGGUAUCCAUUUUGUCUUUAACUGAAAUUCUCUCUUUCUUCAGUCUGAAUGACACCUUCCCAUCCUGUGCAGACUGAGAAAUGGGCUUGUAAUGAUGGUAAGAAAAUGUUGGUACCUAACAAAAUUUUUACACUUCAUUAAAUUUGCUCAUUACAUAUGGGAAACUGAAUUACUUUGGUCAGUAAGAGUGUUCCAGAGUUGGGAUCCAGGCAUCUCCAUAAGAACUGUCUGUUGCACUUCAUGAUAAGUCCAUAGUAGGUCUGUUCCCCUCGUUGUUAAACCAUACUUUAUAUGCUUAUAUGUCUUAGGGAGAAAUUUUGAAGUGUUUUCUUGCAGAGCAGCACAGUGAUAUGCCUGUUAUCUUGUUAAAUGUUUAAUUAGUGACAGGACUUUGUUAGCAAUGGUUCAGGGCAGAGUUUGUGCUGCUGCUCAAGAAGAGGCCUCAACAUGCAGCCCUCAACAACGUGUUAACAUUGUGAUAUGGGAUUUCUCUAGUGUGUCUCAACAUUGCCUAAGUGACAUGUGGAUGAGGUUGAGUUAGGGCCCACUAGUACUUAAUCCAGCAACAGAAUAGUGCUAUAUUAGCAGUGUUUUAUCAGGAAAGUCUGGAUGAAUAGUAACUAUUGAUUAAAAGCGAACCAAAAUGUGCCGUGUGUUGUAUACGAGGCUAAUGACAGGUGGUGUUCAGUGGUUGAGUCUCAGUAACUACUGAUGGUAAGUUUCUAGAUGAAUAACAUAAUUAUAGUAAGUUAAGCAGGCUUGAAUCCUACUUUCCUAUUCAGCUUGUAGUUGCCAAUGCAACUUUUAAAAAUACUGACAACUGCAUUACAGUCAUAUAUUUCAAUUAGUCUACAGGUCCUUUCAUCUUGCCUCAGCCGGCAACAUCUAGUGGUUUGUAGAUAAUCACUUCCACAUAGAUUGCCUUUCUAGGCACAUCAUAUUUUGCUCUGAAUUCAGUAGAACCACCCAAUAUAGAAAACUAAAUGAACUGAAAAAAGGUAGCCUAGAAAUGCUUGUUGAAAAAUUUUGGUGGCUACGGUCACACAUGGGCACUUAGUAUGUUUUGAAUGAGCUGACUUUGCAGUGGGUAUGGCAAGUGAAUUCUCAAAUCAAAUUAUGGAAAGGAAACAUAAACAGAGGAAGCACCACAAAUUGUCAGUAUUAAGUAACUGUUUUGAUACAUGUAGUUUAUGCCGAGUGGAUUAAAUAUUACCAAAGAAACAAAAAGAUGUAUAUCAGAACUUUGUAGAUAUAAUUGGAUACCAUUGCUCAUUUAUAUAUUCUGCCACUGGACACAUUUUUUAUUCUAUAUUUUGUGGGAUGUGAGGUUGAAGAAAUGGUAGUAGUGUGGGAGAAUGUCUGCACCUCAGCCAUGUAAUAAUGCAGACCCUCUUGAAAUGUGAUUUUUUUUACUGCUUUGGUCUUCAUGCAGGGAUAUAUGGCUGAGGAGAAAGAAGUAGCUUUCAAUACUUAUUGUUAGUUUUCAUGUAUGAGGUAAACUUGAAACAGACUGAAUAUUUUUUCAUAGUGUCUCUAUUUUGCAUUGAAGCAUGGUAAAGUAACAAUCUCUCUCAGAGUGACCAGGUUUUAUUUGUAUUUCUAGGAGAGAGAGAGAGAGAGGGAGAGAAUGAGUGGGGACAGAAGCUUUGGAAGUAUCACAAGGUCUCUCAUGUAACAGCUCAAGUUGUUGCAUUUGUUGGUUCAGUAGAAAGCUGCACUUGUUUCUGUGCCUCACAGCAUAGAAAUUCAUCCCACAGCCUCAUAAUAAUAACAAUAAUAAAUAACAAUAAUAAUAUUAAUAAUAAUAUUAAUGAUAAUAAUAUUACAGUAAUAAUAAAUAGUAAUAAUUAUGAUAGAACACAAAGAGUUUUUGGUAAUGGUGUGUUUUGGCAUGUUUAGUAAUAAUAGGUUGAAGUGCUUGUGUGCCAGUCACUCGUCACAGUCUUGUUCCAAGCCACCAGGGGUCAGUUCAUGCAGCAGCAUAAUACUUCUGGACUUUUCUAUUUUAUGUAUUUUCAUUUCUUAUGUUGUUGAUUUUUUUUUUCAAUGUUACCUCUGCUUCAGAUCUGGAACAUGCAGUUUCAGUCUCAAGUUAGUUUGGUGUACCACUUUGACACCUACAGUACAGUACAGUAAUCCUGGUGUAAUAACUCCCAUGUGCUUGUCAAUAAUACCUGGUAGCUAUUCUUAAAGUAGUCUAGAGUCCUUCCUUCCAAAGCUUACACUGUCCAUUUGUAUGAAGGUAAUGAGCCCUUCUUAGAUCACUUUGCAGAAGCAGCAGCUCAUCAGUAGAGUGAUUCUGGCUGUCUAGUUCCACUCCAUAGCCUCAAAUCAGAGGCAGUGAAAGGGGAAUUAGAAGGCAGCCACAAGGUCACUGUAUGAUGCUCAUGUCUGUAUUUGUGCACAAAGGAAGGCAAACAGCAAUACUUGCUCACAUCAACAUGACAGGCAGCCCUACUUCAGUAAAUGUAAGACUGGCACCAUGUACCAAGACAGGUAAUAAAUCCAUUAUGUGAUCAUGGCUUGUCAUGGCUCAUGGCACAUGCUGUGCUCAAAAGUGUAAAAGACUAACAGUGGUGUGUGGUUGUCAUAUUCUUAACUGAAUGGUAGCUUGUUUGGUAUGAGCCAUAAACUGGAGUAUGUGAGCUAUACAAGCAACUGUGACAGUCAUUAAUGACCCCAGUAUAGCACUAACACUGAGACACGUUUUCUGCCCUGCUGUUGUUGUUGUUAACCUGUAAGAAGUCGUCCUGUGUCCAGCAAAGCUCGACACACCCCCUCCAUCACCCGCUCCAAGAGCAGAAUUUUGUGUAACCCACCAAAUACAGAUAUCAUGCCACUA